GGGAAUGAAUAAAGCAGCAAUGCGUAAACAAGCGCUGGAAACUCCUCCGCCCCUUCCUUCUAUCAUCUUUACAGAAGCUAGUUCCGUAUUCUGUACUACUUUGCCACACAUCAUCCACUCGCCGUUACCAGCAUAAGGUUACCAAAUCGUGAAUUUACAUCUAAUUCUCACGACCAUGGCUCCGUGAGAACUGGAAGGUAGGCGAAGGGAUGCGGUUUUAUUACAAGUAGCCGCCGAGCAGCAGAUGCGAUUGCGUAUCAUUUUCACAAGUUCCUUGUGACCAUCCGUGUUAGAAGUUAAAAUGAAGUACCCUCUGUGCUGCAUGGACGUGAAUGCGUUUUCCACGAGGUGAAGACAGGCUUGAAAUGAAGCGGACGCAAGGGGAAGCCAAGAAGCGCGGGGCUGUGCAGACGCUUCUGUGAACCCAGUCCCACGCCCCCCCACACACACCCCCCUCCCCCCCUCCCUCCCCCCACACGCCCACCGUCACCCCAUUCCUCCGUUCCGCCUGCCCUUCCCCUCCCCAUCUUCCCCUCUUCUGCCGUGGCUGAAAAUGGCUGCACAGAGGAAGCACCUGGUCAAAGAUUUUAACCAUUUCAUCACCUGCUAUGUGUGCAAGGGAUACCUGAUCAAGCCUACCACAGUGACAGAGUGCCUCCAUACCUUUUGUAAAAGCUGCAUCGUCCAACACUUUGAAGACAGCAACGACUGUCCCAAAUGCGGAAUCCAAGUCCAUGAAACAAACCCUCUAGAAAUGUUGCGGUUGGAUAACACCUUGGAAGAAAUCAUUUUCAAGCUUGUGCCUGGACUUAGAGAAAAGGAGGAACAACAGGAGAUCGAGUUCUGGAAGAAGAACAAGUCAAAAGACAAUGGUGAAGAGGAUGGCCCCAGAUCCAAGAAGCCCAGGAUGGAUGAUGAAGAUGAGGAAGGUGGAGACCAGGACUACCACAGGAGCGACCCCCAGAUAGCCAUCUGUCUGGACUGCCUCCGUAACAACGGGCAGAUGGGGGAGAACAUAGUGAAGGGCUUAAUGAAGAAAUUUAUACGCUGCUCGACUCGGGUGACCGUCGGAACCAUCAAGAAGUUUCUUAGUUUGAAGUUAAAGCUUCCAAGCUCUUACGAGCUGGAUGUUCUAUGCAAUGGGGAAAUCAUGGGGAAGGACCACACCAUGGAAUUCAUCUACAUGACCAGGUGGAGACUUCGGGGUGAAAACGCUUAUCCCAUGGUGCUGGAGUAUCGGCCACGGAUCGACUUCGGUUAAAUGUGGAGAGGCCCAGGCAGAACGUACCUGCUGUAACUCCAACCCAUCGACAGAUCGCACAAUGAAUGGACCUGCCUGGUAUAGGGUGGAACAAACUCUUUCUUCCAGUUCUCUUCAGAUCCACGUCCGCAUGCAGUCACAACUCCCUUUUGGCCUUAUCUUCAUUUUUAUUUGUGUUCUUUAGUAGUCAUGCAUUUCUUCUCUCUCUCUGUCUGUCUUUCAGUUUCUUUCUGUCUUUCUCUAUCUCUCUCUCUCUGACUUUCAGUUUCUCUCUCUCUCUCUCUCUCUGCCAUCCCACACACACACAGUAGUUGUCUGAGGACAUCCUUUCAGCAGUGACAGUUCUUUUUAAGUGUGGUGACUGCAUCCUGUGAGUUCACAACAUCCCUUGCUGAUCCAAAGGGAGAGAGACUUCCAUCUCACAAAACAGGUUGACGCUGGGUUGACACAUCACCUUCGGCUGAGUUUUUUUUCCCGUAGUGUGAUCCACACUGCAGAAACUGGGGACGGAGGACUCCGAAGGUAACGACUCAGAAUCUGUCCUUGUUUGUUAGGGAUAUUGUUGAGUUCGUAGUGCUUCAGAUCCUUGAGAUUAAUUUCUUUCACAACUUGUGAGAGUAUGAUAGAUUCAGUUCCUCAUGAAAUUGACUCUUAAUGGUACAGUAGUGCGCAAGGUUUAAUGAUUGCACUCUUAACCACUACUUUAAUCACUUUUCCUGUAAGAUAUUUUAUAAUGACGACAAGUGCAGGUGUUCUGCAGCCAUACGUUGCAUAAAACCUGCAUGAGAAUUGAGACUAUGUUUCAGAUUAACGGUAAAAGGGUAUUUUAAAGGUAUAAAACUGGGAAUACAGAAGACACGUGUUUCUGUAAUUAUAUCUACGUCCAAAGGAAAAUGCGCAUUUAUUAUUACCAAUAGAAAAACUCUGACUCACCCCAAUCACUGGAACAGUGAACAGUCCUACCCAAGGAAAAGGGACCAGUAACAUUAGACCUGUACAGGCUGAACAAAAUCAAGACUGAAUCAAUCAAUGUUCAUUUAAACACUUUGUGGUAGAAUCUAAUAACAGUCUCUUAGUGGAGGCCUUUCCCAGCAUGCCUCUGAAGUGCAAUGCUGCACGUGAUUGGAUGAUUGAGCAGUGCCACGGGCUUUACUUGCAGCUUCAUCCCCCUCUACUGCCCCAUCUGUUAGACACUGUAGAUAACUGAAAAAGUAUUGCACCAAUUGCACACAUAGCAUGUCAUUGGUACGUUUUGCCUCAAAAGAAGGGUAAGAGGAGCUUGGUGGGACAUGGGUGACCAGUUGUGUCUGUUUGUAACACCUCUUUUGUACAUGAUUUAAUUUUUAUAUGUUAUUGUAGUCAUACUCAAUGCAAUGGAAGUCAAGUAAGCAACACUGAAGUAAGUUUGUUUUUUAAGAAAAAGAAGAAAAAAAAAACCAAAACAAAAAAAACAA